AUACGACGCUUACAAAAGUUCACCAUGAAUAACAUUCCAGGCUGUAACGAAUUGUUUGUUACAAGUGAACAAAGAUUUUGUAUGAACGAAAUCGCAAAGGCCGACAAGAACUUACUUGAUAAGACAGUUCGUCAAUUUAUUAUUAAAAAUAAACUUAAUGAACACGGAACUUUUAAAAAUAUUUCAAAAUUACGUGAUAUUUUUUCGGAAGAUUUAACCAAAGUUUUUGCCCAUUUGCCAGAAGAUAACAAUGAAGAUGAGGAAUGGGAAUAUUCGUUUAGCCAGAACGGCGAAUCCUCCUCUUUAGCGUCAUCAAUAAUUGGAAAUCCUUGGAUCACACAGGAUUAUUCAACAACAAAAAUGCCGGAAGAAUUUGAACAGUAUGUCGAAGGAAUAGCAUUUUUGGAUAGAUAUGAAAUUGUCCGAAUUUUAAAACCCUUCGGUCCAAUUGAGCCAACAAGAAGUCUCUGGGAUCAGAUAAAAAUUAAAUUUGGCGUUGAUAUUCAUGAGAUUUUAUAUGAAGCUUGUGAAGAUUAUUAUUCAAGACUUCCGAAUGUAAACAUUUUUAUCGAAAUAAAAAAGAUAAUAAAUCGAAAUCUCGUUAAUAUAUGGCCUUUGAGUUUAAAGAAAUUUCCCAAAACUGGAUCUAGAGUUCAUGUUCUAUUUUCAGGAGAUGUGCUAUUUAAAGAAAAUCAAUUAAUAUUAACACUCAAUCCUCCAAGGAUAGGUCACUCCAGAAGAUAUUAUAGGUUAUUGUCAUCUGAAAGAUUUCUACACCUGAAAAUUAAGAAUUCUGAUAGUUUGGAUGAUAAUCAAAAAUCGAGGCUGAAAAGCCUGCUGUUAUUUCCUUUACCAUUAGCUGGUAGGACGUAUAAAUUUUUAUAUGCUAAAUCAAACAUAUUAUAUUAUUUUGCGACAAGUGGAUCAGAUAUCCCCGAUGAUAUGUCAAUUUGGCAAGUAAUUAACUAUAAUUUACCAAUGGAGCUUAAUAAGAGCAUGACAACUGCGAAGUUUUACUCUCGCAUAUCUUUAGGUUUUUCCAAUACCACACCUACAAUUAUCUUCAAACCAAAUGAAAUUAAACAUAUCGACGAUGUUACAAUUAAUGAACAUUGUUUCACUGAUGGAUGUGCUGCAAUAUCUCUGGCAGCUAUGAAAGAAGUAGCCGAAAUUUUGGGAUGUAAAGAAACUCCUCCUGCGAUUCAAGGUAGGAUUGGAGGAGCAAAAGGUGUUUGGUAUAUUGACCCACAAAGAGAUUUGUGUGAAAAUAAGUGGAUUGAAUUACGCAAAUCUCAAAUAAAAUACAAACAUUAUUUAAAUGAAGAUGAUGUUCAUUUACGAACUUUAGAGGUUUUGCAUGUUGUUGUUCCACCAACAAAACCUGGUGCUUUAAAUAGCCAACUAAUUCGAGUUUUGUAUAAUGGCGGUGUCCCUCUUAAGAUUUUCACCGAGAUGAUGAAUGAAUAUGCCGAAAAAAUCAAAUCCGAGGUGAUUGGAUGUGACAAUCCACAAUCUUUAAUAGCAUGGGUAACUAAUAACUCCAAUAUCAUGAGAAAUAGGUUAGAGAUAUUUUAUAAUCAUUAUUUUGAAAAUGAAUCUUCGGAUGAUGAUUGUGAUUUAUAUGUAGAUUCAGAAUCCGAAAGCUAUACUAUGUCAGGAUUUCCUGAUAAUCCAUCUGAACAAUGUAUACAGAUGCUACAAGCAGGAUUUACGCCUUCGACAUGUCCCUAUUUAGCAAGAAAUUUAAAAAGCGUACUUUCAUCAACAUUAAAGUCGCUUUUUACUAAAUUUAGAAUUUUUUGUUGCUGGGAUCCACGAAUCGUCAAAAACUACAAAAAUUCUCCACUUUUGGCACUUGAUCCGAGAAUCAAAAGUUCUUUUGAUGUAAAUAAUCAAACUAUUGACGAUUUAUUAUCCUCUGUAAAAUCCAGUCAAAUUGAAUCCAAGAUACAGGAGAUAAUUUUAGACAUUUGCUUUAAAGAUAUGGAAACGCCGCGUGGUUUAUAUGAUCGUUGGCACAAACUCCAGUCAUCCGAAUUUGGAAUAUUUGACAAACAAUCAAUUUAUCUUGCUCAAAUGAGCGCACAGCUUAUUGAUGCUACUAAGCGGGGACUAACUAUAAAACCAAAUGUUCAACAAUACGAUAAUGAAGUAUUUAAAAAACUUCCUGUUCCUUAUUGGAUGGAGAAAGAAGAUAAUUAUAAAAUUCGAUCCAAAUCUAAGCAAGAAAUAAAUGGAGUUCACUUUGGAGUUAAAGGUAUAAUGGAUUCAUUAUGUAUUGAAAUUGAAAAUGAGAUAAACGAAAUAAUAAAUAACAAGGGAUUAUUGGUAGCAGAAAAGAACGCAGAUCCAGAUCCACAUAUAUAUAGCUUCUGGAAUGACGAAGUGACUCGUGCUCAAAAAAUGGAGGAAGACUCUUUAUAUCUAGAUGACUUAAAUCUUAUAUAUACAUAUUCCUCACAGUUAGUUCAAAAUUAUAAGAGCAAAUAUACUCAAAUAUUAGGAGAUCAGGGUGAAAAUGAUGAACAAUUACUAUCCUCAUCAACAGCAUCUAAGGAGAAUGAAGAAUGUAAAAGCGUAGAUUAUGAAUUUUUGAGGAAUUUUUUAAAUACUCCACCAGUUGAAAAAUAUAGAAGUAAAACAUUUAAAUUUUUGAAAGAUCGAAGAUCUACGGUUUUUGAAAGCAAGUCAGAUCCACUUGCCAUGUUUGAGUUAAAGUUGAAAGCUGCUUCUCUUUACCUCUCUUCUGUCAACGAAAAACUGGAUGAACAGAUUUGUUGGGUUAUAGCAUUUCGUACAUUAUGCAACAUCAAAUCACAGAUGUUAGAGAGUGAACGACAUCUUGUUGUCGGAGGGCCAAGGUCAAUUAUUGAUGAGGUUUGGCAAGCUUUGAGAAUAGAUGAAAAAUGGUUGAAACUCAAGAAAGUAUAA